AGUCCUGCUAACAAGGCUGCUAUGAUUGCUUUUAUGGAUCAUAUGAUUGGUAAUGGAACCCGUACACCAGACCCAGUUUGUGCUGCUUCCACCAGAGCUUACUGGGAUGCAUGGAAGGAUGGAAAAGGAGAGCUUGAAUCCAAUCUUGCUGCUGCUGAGGGCUUCUUUGAGGAAUUUGCUAAGGGAUCAUCUAUCCCAGCUGAUUCUCCUUGUGCUGCUGCUACUAGAGCUUAUUACAAGACCAUCCCUAAUCCUCCAUCUGGACCCAACAAGGCUGCCAUGGAAGCAUUUAUGGACAAAAUGAUCAAAGAUGGAGAACGAGUACCAGACCCAGUGUGUGCUGCUUCAACAAAAGCUUACUGGGAGGCCUACAGACAUGGAGUUUCUGAAACUAAGGCAAACCUAGCUGCUGCUGAAGGUUUCUUUGCUGCUUACAAUGAUGGCCUAAAUAUUCCAGCUGACUCUCCCUGUGUUGCUGCUACCAAGGCAUAUUAUUCUGCUCUUCCUAAAGCACCAAGUGGUCCCAAUGCUGAAGGUAUGAUCAGCUUUAUUGAUCACAUGAUCAAGAAUGGAGGAAAGAGAAUUUAUGAUCCAGUGUGUGCUGCUGCAUCUAAAGCCUUCUUUGAUGCUCAUAGAAAUGGAGAUUCUGAACUGACAGCUAACCUCAAGGCUGCUCAAGCUUUCUUCAAAGAAUACAGAAAAGGAUCCACUCUUCCAGCAGACAGUGCUUGUGCUGCUGCUACAAAGGUUUAUCAUUCUCAAAUCAAGAAUAAGCCUAGCCAGCCCAAUGCCCUUGCCAUGAUAACCUUUAUAGAAGAAGCCAUCAGUGGAGAUAACAACAAACUUGACCCUGUGUGUGCAGUUGCUGCUGAAGCAUACUUUGAUGCAUAUCUCAGUGGUAAAUCUGAAGCAAAGGCCAACCAAGCUGCUGGUAUUGCUUUCCUUGAUGCUGUUGCCAACACACCUUCUUAUUCUCCGGAGAGUCCUUGUGGAAGAUCUGCUGAAACAUACAUGAAGAGUUUUGAGCUGUAGGAAUAUUCUAUAUAUUCUUCAUUGUAUGUCAUAUUCAUUCUAGAGAUCCUAGAUCAACAACUUUUAUUGAUUUCUAGAAAGUGUCACAUUAUUUAGUUUUUUAUUUUAUUCUAAAAUAAAAGUAGUUUCUGUAUUA